UUUAAUUGGAUAAAAUAUUGAAGGACUUCAUUAAUAACUCCUGGCUGAAAUGGUGCUGAGGCAUCUUCAGUAACAGAGAAGAAAGCAAAGGAAGAAGACAUGGAGCAGAGAAGAGGCCUUCCUUCUUUUAUUUCUUCACAUGAAGAAGAGAGAGAAAAUAUUGCCUCUGAUAUCAUUCAGCUAAUUGGAUGGACACCAUUGAUAGAACUUAAAAGGAUUGUAGAAAAGGAAGGACUGCAUAUCCGGUUGGUUGGCAAACUUGAGUCAUAUCAACCUCUUUGCUCCGUUAAGGACCGUGGAGCACUCAGAAUGAUAGAAGAUGCAGAAGAGAAAGGCCUCAUUAAACCAGGCAUAAAUACAUUGGUAGGGCCAACCAGCGGAAAUCUAGGCAUUUCUUUCGCAUUUAUAGCUAUUAGGAAAGGCUACAAGUUCCUUGCUAUUAUGCCAGCUAACUACUCUGUUGAGAGACGCAUGCUAUUAAGAUAUUUGGGGGCCCAAGUGUUACUAACUGAUCCUAAACUAGGGAUCAAGGCAAUAUAUACCACUGUAGAUCAACUAAAAGAGAAGGAUCCUAAUAUAUUUGUUCUAGAUCAAACAACUAAUCCAGCAAAUCCUGAGGCACACUUUCUAAGCACUGGACCGGAAAUAUGGAAGGAUACGGCUGGCAAAGUUGAUAUUUUUGUAUGUGGUUCUGGGUCUGGAGGUACAAUUAGUGGAGCUGCAAGAUUUCUCAAAAUGAAAAAUCCAGCUAUCAAGAUCAUUUGUGUUGAACCAGCAGAGAGUGCAGUCAUUUCAGGAGGUCAACCUGGACCACACAACAUUCAGGGUCUUGGACCAGGAUUUGUUCCAGAAAUCCUGGACACUUCACAGAUUGAUGAAAUCAUCACAGUGACCACAGCAGAAGCAAUGACCCAAGCCAGAAGGCUUGCACUAGAGGAAGGAUUGGUUAUGGGUAUUUCAUCUGGAGCAUGCUUAGCUGCCUCCUUAAAAAUUGGCAAGAGGGAAGAAAACAAAGGGAAGAUGAUAGUAACAGUCUUCGCUAGUGCUGGGGAAAGAUAUUUAAGCACUGAAUUAUUUGAGGAAAUCAGAGAAGAGUGCAUCAAUAUGACCUUCUAAAUGAUUAUGGCUGUUUCUGGUCUGCACUAACUGAAGAAUUAUGUCUUCUUAAAAAUCAUUGGGUAAGCAUAUAUGCCGUAGUUGGUUGAUAUUCUGUGUGAAGAAACCAGGAAUAAGUACUGUGAAUAAUGUUUUUAGUAAUAAUCUGAUUUUCACUUUGAAAAGCAGAAGGGUUUUGGUUUAAUUAAUUUAUGUAGUAUCCUUAAA